AUGAAUCUUAGCCGGUCUCCAGGAUCCCUGCACACCAGUGCAAACAUUGACUCAGUGCUGUAUGCUGACUGUCUGAGCUCCUUUACCCUCUGCUUAUUGGGAAUUCUCUCCCUAAACAUCACCCAGGAAACCGCCAUCAGCAGCCCAAUCACAGCCCUCCCAGUCUGCACCAGCCUCACCCAAUCACAGCCCUCCGAGUCUGCACCAGCCUCACCCAAUCACAGCCCUCCCAGUCCGCACCAGCCUCAGCCAAUCAUAGCCUUCCCAGUCCGCACCAGCCUCAGCCAAUCACAGCCCUCCCAGUCUGCACCAGCCUCACCCGAUCACAGCCCUCCGAGUCUGCACCAGCCUCACCCAAUCACAGCCCUCCGAGUCUGCACCAGCCUCACCCAAUCACAGCCCUCCCAGUCUGCACCAGCCUCACCCAAUCACAGCCCUCCCAGUCCGCACCAGCCUCAGCCAAUCACAGCCCUCCCAGUCCGCAUCAGCAUCAACCAAUCACAGCCCUCCCAGUCCGCAUCAGCAUCAACCAAUCACAGCCCUCCCAGUCCACACCAGCCUCAGUCAAGCACAGCCCUCCCAGUUCGCAUCAGCAUCAACCAAUCACAGACCUCCCAGUCCACACCAGCCUCAGCCAAUCAUAGCCCUCCCAGUCCGCAUCAGCCUCAGCCAAUCAUAGCCCUCCCAGUCCGCAUCAGCCUUAGCCAAUCACAGCCCUCCCAGUCCGCACCAGCCUCUGGAAGCCCUGCUGUCCACAGAGAGGACGAUGCCCAGUCUCACACGCCCGUCACGCCCACCCUGGCACCAUUCCACCGCCCCGCUGUUUACCCGGUCGCUACGGCGAUGACGGAGUGUUGA